AUGCAGCAGAUACUCGACGUACGUACUCACUCACUCGCACUGACACUCGCCCGCCUCAACGCCGCCACCGCCAUGCAGCAGAUACUCGACGUACGUACUCACUCACUCGCACUGACACUCGCCCGCCUCAACGCCGCCACCGCCAUGCAGCAGAUACUCGACGUACGUACUCACUCACUCGCACUGACACUCGCCCGCCUCAACGCCGCCACCGCCAUGCAGCAGAUACUCGACAGCCCACUGGCUGUGGUGUUCCUGACUGGCGACUCGGCGUUCCUGUCCAACUGGGACUUGUACCUCAUCACCGCACUGCUGGGCGCGCUGGGCCUGGUCGUCUACCUCAGGAGGCCGACGCAGCAGGCUGCCAACUAA